UAAGUACCCAACUCAAAUUGAAACUGCAGUAUUUCCGCUAAGCCCUCAGACCUUCGAGUAGACAAAAAUGGCGGAAGAAGGAAGCAAUCAUUCUGCUGAUAAUCCUCCAACUACACCAGAUUCUCCGACGUCUGCUGGUUUCCCUACCGACCAACUCCCUCCCAACACUAGUAACUUUUCCGAUGACUUCGACGAUGAAGAAGAAGAAGCCGCCGUUGAUCCCAACAUCAUUCGGGAUGAACCAGAUGAUGUUGAAGAGGAAGUGGAUGGCGAGGAUCUUUAUAACGACGAUUUUUUAAAUGAUUAUCGGGAAUUGGGAGAGCAAGACCAGUAUGAAGAGGAAGGUUUGCACGAUUCAAUGGAAGAUGAGAGAGAUAUGGAUCAGAUUUUGAAAGAUCGUAGAGCUGCUGAAAUGGAUCUUGAUGCUCGUGAUGCUCAUUUAACUAAUACUAAUCGGAAACUUCCUCAGCUUCUUCAUGACCAGGAUACAGAUGACGAUAAUUUCAGGCCUUCAAAAAGGUCUAGAGCAGACAACCGAGCUCCUGUUGGACACAGCUAUGAUGACACUGAUGCUGAACAGAGCUCUCCCGGAAGGUCACAGCAUGGACACUCUAGAGAGGAUGUACCCAUGACUGACCCCACAGACGAUGAGCCAUUUGAGGAUGACGAUGAUGAUGGUGAGGCGGACUUUGAGAUGUACAGAGUUCAGGGGACAUUAAGGGAAUGGGUGACAAGAGAUGAAGUGCGUCGCUUCAUUGGCAGAAAAUUCAAGGACUUUUUACUUUCUUACACCAACUCAAAGAAUGAUCAAGGGGACUAUGUCUAUGUCAGAUUGAUAAAUGAGAUGGUGGCUGCAAACAAAUGUAGCUUGGAGAUUGAUUACAAACAGUUCAUCUAUGUUCAUCCCAAUAUUGCUAUUUGGUUGGCUGAUGCUCCUCAAUCUGUUCUGGAGGUCAUGGAAGAAGUUGCUAAGAAAGUUGUCUUUGAUUUACAUCCUAACUAUAAAAAUAUUCAUCAGAAAAUAUAUGUACGGAUCACAAAUUUGCCGGUUUAUGAUCAAAUACGGAACAUAAGACAGAUACACUUGAACACCAUGAUUCGCAUUGGGGGUGUGGUUACUCGUCGUUCUGGAGUAUUCCCUCAGUUGAUGCAGGUGAAGUAUGACUGCAAUAAAUGUGGGGCUAUCCUGGGUCCCUUUUUUCAGAACUCUUUUUCAGAAGUUAAGGUUGGCUCUUGCCCAGAAUGUCAGUCAAAGGGGCCAUUUACUGUAAAUGUUGAGCAGACUAUAUACAGGAACUUUCAAAAACUUACCCUGCAAGAAAGUCCUGGAAUUGUCCCAGCUGGUCGACUUCCACGAUACAAGGAAGUGAUAUUAUUGAAUGAUCUGAUAGAUUGUGCUCGACCUGGAGAAGAGAUUGAGGUUACUGGAAUAUAUACAAAUAAUUUUGACUUGUCAUUGAACACGAAGAAUGGCUUUCCAGUCUUUGCCACUGUUGUCGAAGCUAAUUAUAUUGCCAAAAGGCAAGACCUCUUUUCUGCUUACAAAUUGACUCAAGAAGAUAAAGAAGAAAUUGAGAAGUUAGCCAAAGACCCCAGGAUAGGAGAAAGGAUCAUAAAGUCCAUUGCUCCAUCAAUUUAUGGUCAUGAAGAUAUUAAGACUGCAGUAGCACUAGCAAUGUUUGGUGGCCAAGAAAAAAAUGUUGAAGGAAAACAUCGGUUGCGAGGUGAUAUUAACGUUCUUCUACUAGGUGAUCCAGGAACUGCCAAGUCUCAAUUUCUCAAAUAUGUUGAAAAAACUGGGCAGAGGGCUGUCUAUACUACAGGAAAAGGGGCGUCAGCUGUAGGGCUUACAGCAGCAGUGCACAAAGAUCCUGUUACCCGUGAAUGGACACUAGAAGGUGGAGCACUUGUUCUGGCUGAUAGAGGCAUCUGCCUCAUUGAUGAGUUUGACAAGAUGAAUGACCAGGACAGAGUAAGUAUUCAUGAAGCAAUGGAACAGCAGAGUAUAAGCAUUUCAAAGGCUGGAAUUGUUACUUCUCUGCAGGCUCGAUGUUCUGUUGUUGCUGCUGCAAAUCCUGUUGGAGGAAGGUAUGAUUCUUCUAAGACUUUCUCACAGAAUGUUGAUUUAACAGACCCCAUCUUAUCUCGUUUUGACAUCUUGUGUGUUGUCAAGGAUGUGGUCGAUCCUAUUACCGAUGAGAUGCUGGCAAAAUUUGUUGUAGACAGCCACUUCAAAUCAAAACCCAGCGGGACCAACAUAGAUGACAAGUCUAUGAAUAAUUCUCAGGAAGAUGCAGACCCUGUAGCAAAUGAAGUUGAUCCUGAGAUUAUUUCCCAGGAUUUACUCAAAAAAUACAUUACAUACGCAAAGUUGAAUGUAUUCCCCAGAUUGCAUGAUGCGGACUUGGAUAAACUUACACUUGUCUAUGCUGAAUUGCGGAGGGAAUCUUCUCACGGACAAGGUGUCCCUAUUGCAGUUAGGCAUAUUGAGUCCAUGAUUCGAAUGUCUGAAGCACAUGCAAGAAUGCACCUGAGACAGCAUGUUACACAGGAGGAUGUUGACAUGGCAAUUCGUGUCUUGCUUGAUUCUUUCAUUUCAACUCAAAAAUUUGGAGUACAAAAAGCCUUACAAAAGAGCUUUAAGAAGUAUAUGACGUUCAAGAAGGAUUACAAUAAUUUGCUCCUUGCACUCCUUCGAGGGCUUGUGAAGGACGCACUGCAUUUUGAAGAAAUUGUGUCCGGUUCAGCUUCUGGUCUUACUCAUGUUGAUGUGAAAGUUGAAGACUUGCGACAUAAGGCUCAUGAGUAUGAGAUAUUUGAUCUGGAGCCCUUCUUUUCGAGCAGUCAGUUCGAGAAUGCCAGUUUCGAGCUUGUUGAGGGAAGGACAGUAAUUAGGCAUCGGCUAGCUAGAUAGAGAUCUGUAUGUAUUGGUCUUUAGGUGGGUAAAAAUCUGCUCCAUGUACAUCUUUAAUUAUUAAGGAUCAAUUUAGAUAAUCUUUAUGCAAUGUACAAGGCACAAUAGCUAACAGUGAGAAUGGUAUGAGCUUAGCUAAAGGAUUACAGCUUCAUUUCCCUAUGUAAUAUGGCCAAUGAAUAUGGUUGAGCUUUAUUUCAAAAUUGAUUUUUAGUUAAUUUAAAAUGUUUGUUGAAUGUUGGGGUUAGUGUAUGUUUGGUGUAGGUUAAGUUUGGAUUGCUCUUGGUAAAAGAUUUCCAACUUUGUAACACUUUUGUCAUUGCAAUAAAGGUUUUAUAUGCAUGCUUAUUUUUCUUUUAA